UGUCUAUAGAAUUAAAGUUUGGUUCAAUGUUGUUGAUUUUAUAUAUACAACUUUUGGUUGAACUAUCCAAAUAAUAUAAAAGUCUUGGAUGGCCUGCAGUUGAGUAAAUUAUAAAUACAUUUUCAUUUUUGGUGAACUAUUCCUUUAAUAUGACUCCCAAAUCAUCAUUGGUGCGUGCAUCUGAUUGGUUUAAGCCACAUAAGUAAUUAAAUGGAGAUAUCCCAUGUUGGCUAUAUUAUAAAUACAUUUCUAUCGAAGGUCCAGAGUAACUAUUUAUUAAGAAAAUUUGCCAAAGGGUGAAUGUCUUAAUAUAAAACAUAUAAUGUAUAAAACAUAUAAUCCAUCUUUUGAGCAUGUGGAAUUCUGAAUGCCAUAUUGUGUUCAUGAGUAGGCCCAUUUGUGAAUGAAAGACCCUCCCAUAUGCAUCAGAGCAACAUAUAAAACCUGUAGUCUCCGCGCACUCUCACACGCUAAAGAUGCGCAGACGCGUGACUACUGACAGUCUCGUGCGCACUGGGUCAGUAAAACCGCACCUACUAAACCUGAACUAGUUUAAAACUUUCGAGAAAUGAAGAAAAUGCCUGUCCUUACAUUGAACUUGAGCGACGCAGCUUUGGAGAUGGAAGCCACCGGAGAUGAACCCCGGGACGAGCAUUUAGCUCAAAUCGAGAUCGCGCUGCUGAGCGUCAUCUUUCUUUGCGCAUCAUCUCUGAACUUUGGUCUGCUUCUGGUUUUGUGGAAGAAGAAACAGCAGAUGUCCAGGAUGCGCGUGUUUGUGAGCCAUCUCUGCUUGGCGGACCUGGUGGUCGCCUUUUUCCAGGUGUGCCCACAGCUGAUGUGGGACAUAACCGACCGUUUCAUCGGUCCUGACCUCGUAUGUCGUCUGGUCAAGUAUCUGCAGAUUGUCGGCAUGUUCGCCUCAACUUACAUGAUAGUUGUGAUGACUGUUGACCGUUAUCAGGCGAUCUGUAACCCAAUGGUGACUUUCCAGAGGCGACGCGCGCGCUGGAACCUGCCAGUGUGCGUCGCGUGGCUCGCGUCGUUCGUCUUCAGCGUCCCGCAGCUGUUUAUUUUCUCUAGGGUUCAGAUCGCCCCGGGUGUCUACGACUGCUGGGCACAGUUCAUUCAGCCGUGGGGACCUAAAGCGUACGUGACGUGGACGACACUGAUGAUAUUUCUGGUGCCCAUCGUAACCGUGACGGUGUGCCAGGUGCGCAUCUGCCGCGCGCUCCAGAUCAACCUGUACCUGAAGACCCAGCAGCAGCAGCAGGGUCGUGCUGAAGGACACCCGCACCCUCUUUCCUCCAGGACCAGCAACGUGGCGUCGGUGUCCAAGUCUCGAAUUAAGACCGUGAAGAUGACGGUGGUGAUCGUGCUCGCUUACACCGUGUGCUGGGCUCCGUUCUUCACCGUUCAGCUGUGGUCUGUGUGGGACGCGGACGCUCCGACCGAGACUGCAACCUUCACCAUCCUCAUGUUGCUGGCGAGCCUGAACAGUGUUGCCAAUCCAUGUAUCUACCUGCUUUUCACUGUGAAGUUCCCCAAACUGUUGGGAACUCUCCUGUGCAUGAAGCAUACAGACUUAAAGGAGUCGCUGCCUGAGGAGGCUACAAUGGUCAGCUCUCUGUAUUUGAGCUUUAAAAGCCACUCCGACAUACAGUGAAAAUGAAACAACACUAACAAACAUGUCCAAAUGCCAUGAACGUGUACCAUGUUAGUAUUCUCUGAAGUACGAAGGAGUACAUGUAAAUAGUACAUGCAUAUGGUUCAGUACUACUGUAUACAUCACAGUACCAUGAUAUUACCAUCUGAUACAUCACUGUACUGGUGCUAUCACGGUUCUUCUAUGUAAAAAAAAUCACUGGCAUCUCAUUGUGAAUUGUAUCAAACAGUUUGGAGGUUUAUGAUUCUUUUUUACACUGAAUUAAUGUAAAACUCCAAUUUUAUUUCCAACUGAUCCUCCAUUGCUUUCAUUUGGCCCUAAAAAGAUUAUUUUUCCAAAACUGGUCACAGUCAGUGAUUUUUAUUAUUUCUAUUAUUUAACUGUACAUAGCAAGUAGGAAAAUAAAUUGCUCACAGUGUGUGGUGUUCUAAUCACAAUCACAGUGGUGUACAAAAUACAGUGUCUUUAAAUAUUGAGAAAAACAUCUGACUACUUGUGUGGUGAAUAUUGUUAUGAAAAUGCCUGUACAUGUUCACUAUUCUGACUGUCAAUAAAGUGCUUUAAC